GUCAUUCUUGCAAAUUCAAUCUAGUGGAUGGUAACUGCGUCAGUGGAACUUUUAGUGGAUCGGAUGCUGAUUCAAAACGAUUUUAUGUCAAGAAUCUAGUGACACCUAUUGGAGCAGUGUCUGACGCUUUGCUUAGGAGUGAAGACAUUGUUAGUCUUCACAUAUCUGGAAUUAAUAUUUAGUUUGAAAUACAAUUGUAUCAAACAUGGCCAACGAGGAUCUAAUUUCAAGCUUUAUGGCUUUGGGGCUAAGUGAACAAAAAGCCAAGGAAACCUUGAAAAAUGAAGCUCUAACAAAAAAUCUGGUAACUGUUAUUGAGUGUGCUGGAGGUAAGGACAAACUAACUAGCUCUAGUACCCUCUUGUACCAUUUAGCUUCCAAAAUUAAGAAACAAUGCUCUCACCAUAUUCCUUUUGUUGCUCAGUACAUCAUAACAAAUAAAUUAGAUUCAACUGUUCGAGUUGAUGCUGCCCUUGAGUACUUGCUGUCGAAUGUCAAAGAAGAUGUCGACAUAGAAAAAUUUGAAUCAGCUUGUGGAGUUGGAAUUGUUGUAACAGCGGAAGAUAUUCAAAAAGCAGUGAGUGAAGCCAUCAAAAAGAAUGAAAAUGAUCUUCUAGAGAAAAGAUAUAGGUUCAACACUGGCCUCAUCAUGCAGGAAAUAAGACCAAAGCUAAAGUGGGCCGAUGGAAAACUGGUAAAAAAUGAAGUUGAUAAACAAAUUCAGUCUUUAUUAGGGCCAAAAACUGAACAAGAUCUUGCCCCCGUUCAGAAAGUGAAAAAAGAGAGCGCUCCCAGCAAAAAGACCAAAGAGUCUGCAAAGAUUACCGAAGAUUCGCCACCGCCUGUUGUUACCAUCAGUGAUGUAAUGAAAAAGUUGAAUUUUCAUAAGCCUGGUGAAAACUUCAAAAGUGAUGGAUAUGUAGUCACUGAAAAAACGGAUGCUCUCUUGAAAGAGCACUUAAAGAUAACUGGUGGUAAAGUCAGGACUAGAUUUCCUCCUGAGCCUAAUGGAAUUCUGCAUAUUGGUCACGCAAAAGCCAUCAAUAUUAAUUUCGGCUACGCUGCUGCUCAUGAUGGUGUUUGUUACCUACGUUAUGAUGAUACAAACCCUGAAAAAGAGGAAGAGAAAUUUUUUGUUGGUAUCAAAGAUAUGGUUGAGUGGCUGGGUUACAAACCGUACAAAAUUACUCAUUCAUCUGAUUAUUUUGAUCAGUUAUAUGAGUGGGCUGUCAAGUUGAUUUCCAAAGGAUUAGCUUACGUUUGUCAUCAGAAACAAGAAGAAAUGCAAGGUUUUAAUCCUCCACCGUCUCCUUGGAGAGAGCGCCCCGUAGAAGAGAAUCUUUCUCUUUUCAAAGACAUGAAAAAUGGUAAAAUUAAAGAAGGAGAGGCAACUCUGAGGAUGAAAAUAACGCUUGAGGAGGGUAAGCAAGAUCCAGUUGCGUAUAGGAUCAAAUUUUUGUCUCAUCAUCGAACUGGUGAUAAAUGGUGCAUUUAUCCUACGUAUGACUUCACACACUGCCUUUGUGACUCGAUUGAGCAUAUCACUCACUCUCUCUGCACAAAAGAAUUUCAAAACAGGCGCUCCUCUUAUUAUUGGUUAUGCAAUGCGUUAGAGAUUUACUGUCCUGUCCAAUGGGAGUACGGCCGACUCAAUAUCAGUAACACAGUCGUAUCAAAAAGGAAAAUCGCUAAACUGAUUGAUGAGGGUAUUGUGAAAGAUUGGGAUGAUCCUCGACUUUUUACCUUAUCUGCUCUAAGAAGACGUGGAUUCCCACCAACUGCUAUCAAUAACUUUUGUGCCAAGAUGGGUGUAACUGGUGCUCAAGUUACUGUUGACCCUAGUAUGAUUGAAGCCACUGUUCGUGAUAUGUUGAACGUAACUGCACCCAGAACCAUGGUAGUCGUUGAACCACUGAAGGUGACAAUAUUGAACCACAAAGAUCUUCAAAUACCCUCAACAAUAGAAGUGCCUGAUUUUCCCAAUGAGCCAGAAAAAGGGUCGCACUUAAUUGCCUUUGAUUCAGUUGUUUAUAUUGAGCAGUCUGACUUUAAAAAGGAGGCUGAAAAGGGAUUCCGACGUUUGACUCCUAGUCAGACUGUUGGGUUACGAUAUGCAGGACUUGUUCUGACCUUGUCUAAGUGUGUUGAAGAUAAUGGUGUAAUCAAAGAGCUGGAGGUGACCGCAAGUCCAGCAACAGCCGAGAACAAACCAAAAGCAUUCAUUCAUUGGGUAGCGAAACCCGCAACUGUUGAAGUUCGGCUUUACGAGAGAUUGUUCCUUCAUAAAAAUCCUGAGGAUCCUAAUGAAGUGCCUGCAGGAUAUUUGUCAGACAUCAAUCCAGAGUCAUUAAAAAUAGUACAAGGUCUGGCUGACAGCUCAUUGGUUAAAGCGAAACAUCUUGAACAAUUCCAGCUCGAAAGAGUAGGAUUUUUCUGCGUUGAUUUUGAUUCUUCUAAUGAUAAGCUCAUUUUAAAUAGAACUGUUAGUUUGAAAGAGGAUGCAGGGAAAGUAUAAAUGAUAUAAAACCUCAGUUUUUCAAUGCAAAGGAGCCUUUAAAGUUUAUUCAUUGUUUAUUUUUUCUUUCAUAAUUAUUUCCACUUUGUGUAACUUAUUGAUUUGUCAAGAUUUCUAUUUCAAAAACUUUUCUUUCUCGUGAAUAGUCAUCUGUUUCUAUUCUAUCAAAUGAAACUAACAUUGCCAUUGAUCUAUCUCAAUAUUUGACCAAAUGGAUGGACGUAAUUAGAUAAGCAGCCUAACUACAUCAAACAUUGCCCAAUGCCCUUUCGUAUUUAAUUUUUUGAGCAGAAAAUUAAGUAACAUUCUAAUUUGAAAUUUUUUAAAUAGGAAUAUUCUCAAUGUGCACGAAGACGUUAACAGAAAGUUUCAAGGGGUUAUGUUAUUUAGCUUUAAAUUAGCAAAUUAAAACGCGAAAGAAACUUUUGCAUUGCUUAAUGUAAUUAAGCUCAUACUGGGAAAUCCGUCCAAAUAGCGAUUGAAAGUUUAGAUCAAAUUUUGUAUGCACCAGCACCCUCAGGAUGGUGCACAAUAUUGUAAGGACUUUUUUGAAGUGUUUUCUAUCUUGUAUUGAAUAGAUUUAGUGUAUCGAAGACCAGUGAAGAAUUGGUGCCCUAGGCCUAGGCGUCAUGAAGUAUGAUGACUAAGAAGUUUGAUGAUCAUAAUUUUACCGGUCAAUAAAAUUGCAAACCCAGCAAAAAGAUAAUCUCUCUAAUAAAGUGAUGUGCCCAUGCAAUAGAUUUUGUAAGCUUAGUUUGUUGUCCUCGGUAUCUUUUCCUUAUCCUGUCUACUUAACAUCAUGAUGAGUAUUUACAACACUGACUUCAACUAUCAAGUGUAGCCAUCUUGCGUGCUGUAAAGUUUUGACUAACAGGAGCCAGUAUGGAUCCCAUAGUAAAUACAAGCAUUCUAUUUAAAUCAAGAUCACAGAUUUACUAACCGUCAAGCUAUGAUCAUCAAACUCUUUUCUUUCAUGACACUCCUGUGAAAAGUUCCUCAGUAUUGCUAGAUUUAGAAAAAAAAACUCUUUAAAUAUGUAUCUUUAAAGAUAAAUUGUUUACAGGUUCCACGGAUAGAGUAUUGAUUUUAUAAUCAUUUUUGAGUAUUUGAGUAUGUGACAGCUAAGUCAAUGCGACUAAUGAAAGCCAAUCAAAAUUUUUGAAUGUCAUUGCUUUAAUCUUGGUUAAACACUUAGAUAUGCUUUCAUAAAUGCCAGUAAAAAAGUGGACUUCAAUCAGGACUAGUUAGUCGAUACAUGUUAAUUUUAAUUAAUAUUUUAUCACUUCAGUUUGGCCAUUACUGUGCUAUUUUCAAUAUGAAAAUCAACAUUAAGUUAAAUAAUUUUAUCAUUUUGCCAUCUCCUUUUUCUUUUAAAAAUGAAUAAGAAUUUUUGGUCUUCAAAGUCAAUUAGUCAAUCAUUGUAUCAGGUAUUUUGCCAAGAUACUGAAUAAAAUGAAUCAAUAUAAAUUCCAUCAUCGAUAGUCCUGCUGAACAAAGUGAGGAGUAUGGGUUUGACCACUUUUCAGUGGACUUUUGUAUCAGAUAUAAAAAUUGACACAAAUAAUUAUCUCUGGAAAGAAUCUCUUCCCCUGUUGAUAUAAUAUCAGUUCCCCUGUUGAUAAUGAGUUGAGAAUAAUACUCAGUGCCCAAUUAAGCCCUGGCAACUCAGAGAGAAAGAUUCCAAAAUUCUCGGUGUAUCUUUAUGAGGAUGUUAUCCUUGUCAUCUCUGUCACAUUCUUUUAGCCGCACCAAAGAACUUGUAAACAAUGAUUUUGAACCAUGCAAAUCCCAUUUACUUCAGAUUUAUUUCAAGAAAAUAACGGAAAUAUUAUACAUGUUUCAAUCAGUUUUGAGUAAAAAUAUCCAACGGAAUAAUAACUUUGAGAAUUUGCAUUAAUUCAAGAUUAAAUGGAACAAGAACUAUUAUAUUUGGACGUAUUUAAAUCAAAAGGAACUAUAUCAAUUCUCACACAAGCGCAGAAAUCUAUCAGAGCUCAUGCAUGACAGGGUUUAUGUCACAUUGCAUAUAGUUCCUUUUACUUUAAAUGCUUCCAUUUAUUCAGUGAAGUUAUGUGAUAUGAACUUCAAUACUUUACUCCCUGUGGGAGUCCUAGCAUCUAGUCUAUGGUUUUGUAAUCCGUCGACAUCUUGAUUGGCUUAAAACUUGUCAAAUAUAAUUUUAUCUAAUAUUUUAUGUUUUUUUGUGUAGCAAGUGCUUUAUUUAAUUUUUUAUUUAUUUAUUUAUUUAUUUUUUACAAUGAGCCUCCUUUCUAACUAUUUUUUUUUUCAAUUUGAAUGCGAAUUUUGUCAUAACAUGCAUUGAUGCUUUUGUCAAUUCAGUCAUCAAAUGAAUUAAACAAUCCAAAAAAUCAACCUA